AAUGAAUUGAUAUUUCAAUACAGUAUUCAACCCCAAAACUGGAUUGAUUUUACUAUCCAAAUGGCACCCGUUACAAACUUACAAAGCCCCAUUGAAUUGCCCGUCAAUCGGCGUAUUCCUCAUCCUCAUUUAGCCUUUCCAUUUGUUCAGUCGCAGACAGAAAACGGAUUUGUUCAUUACGGCUCUCCCUAUGAUCAAAUAAGCCGAAUAUUUGUCGGUUUGAACCCGUCUUGGAAUGAGAUUGAUGCGAUUGAGUUUCACGAAGGCAUUCCUGUGGGGUUUGUCAGCCAGUGCAAGUUGGAAGAGAAGGAAAUUCCUGUACAGCGCUUGAGGCAGUCUUCACACCCAAGCUUAUUGAAAAUUCGGGAGGUAUUCUUUCUGAAAGGAAGUGCUUACUUCAUAUAUGACCAGUGGGGUUUGACCUUGGCCGAGAUUCUUCAUCUGUCACCUGUCUUUCGUUUGAGUGAGGUAGAGGUCGCCGUGAUAUGCAGAGCAGUUCUUCUUGGACUACGCUAUAUACAUAAAGAGUUAGACAUACACUAUGGUGGCUUGUCACCAUCAAAAAUCCUUGUCACAAAUAUGGGUGAAGUCAAAAUCACUGGGAUAGGCAAACGGCUAUUUCAGAAGCAGAGCUCACUGGAGAAAGCACGAGAUGUUCAGGCUGUGUGUCUUUUAGCUCGAUGCCUACUCGAGGAUGAGGAGACCACCAGCGUCCAUGGUACAAUUGGUCUUCUUGCGGAAGACUUUGCUGGAGCUCCAGCCACAGUAACUGCAGAUGAGCUUCUUCAGGUACAAGUUCCAGCAACCAAUAACACGUAA